CAACGGCCGUGACUAUAAAAUCCGCCCUUUACUCUCUGCCCUUUCCAUUCAGCCGCCUUUCACCCCUCAUUUCUCUCCGCCGUCCGCCGUCCGCCUUCACUAUGUGCGGAAUACUUGCAGUCUUCGGUUGCAUUGACAACUCUCAAGCCAAACGCUCUCGGAUCAUCGAAUUAUCUCGAAGGUUGAGGCACAGAGGUCCUGAUUGGAGUGGUCUGCAUUGCCAUGAAGACUGUUAUCUUGCUCACCAGCGUCUGGCUAUUGUAGAUCCUACUUCAGGUGAUCAGCCACUUUACAACGAAGACAAGACGAUUAUUGUCACGGUCAAUGGAGAGAUAUAUAACCACAAAGCAUUGAGAGAAAAGCUGAAGUCCCACCAGUUCCAUACUGGAAGUGACUGCGAAGUCAUUGCUCAUCUUUAUGAAGAAUAUGGAGAAAAUUUUGUGGACAUGCUUGAUGGAAUGUUCUCCUUUGUCCUCCUUGAUACACGUGACAAAAGUUUCAUUGCAGCUCGGGAUGCCAUUGGUAUAACCCCGCUUUAUAUGGGCUGGGGCCUUGAUGGAUCAAUAUGGUUUGCUUCUGAAAUGAAAGCCUUGAGUGAUGAUUGUGAGCGAUUUAUGUCUUUGCUUCCUGGGCACAUAUAUUCAAGCAAGCAAGGAGCACUUAGAAGAUGGUAUAACCCCCCGUGGUUCUCAGAGCAGAUACCUUCAGCCCCAUAUGAUCCUGUGACUUUACGGCAGGCCUUUGAGAAGGCUGUGCUUAAAAGACUCAUGACUGAUGUGCCAUUUGGUGUGCUUUUAUCUGGAGGACUAGACUCGUCACUUGUUGCUGCUGUAGCGUCUCGCCAUUUGGCUGGAUCAGAAGUUGCUUGCCAGUGGGGAUCACAGUUACACACUUUUUGCAUAGGUUUGAAGGGUUCUCCAGACCUGAAAGCUGCCAAGGAGGUGGCAGAUUAUCUUGGAACUCGUCACCAUGAGUUUUAUUUCACUGUUCAGGAAGGGAUAGAUGCUCUGGAGGAGGUCAUCUACCAUAUUGAAACAUAUGAUGUGACAACUGUAAGAGCGAGCACCCCAAUGUUUCUCAUGUCUCGAAAAAUCAAAUCCUUAGGAGUGAAGAUGGUUCUUUCUGGGGAAGGUUCUGAUGAAAUUUUCGGAGGUUACUUGUAUUUCCACAAGGCACCCAACAAGGAGGAGUUUCACCAAGAAACAUGUCGAAAGAUUAAAGCUCUUCAUCUUUAUGACUGCUUGAGGGCCAAUAAAUCAACUUCAGCAUGGGGAGUUGAGGCUCGUGUGCCCUUCUUAGAUAAAGAGUUCAUCAAUGUUGCAAUGAGCAUAGAUCCUGAGUGGAAAAUGAUAAGGCCUGAUCUUGGAAGGAUUGAAAAGUGGGUCUUACGCAAUGCAUUUGAUGAUGAUCAAGAUCCAUACCUGCCAAAGCACAUUUUGUACAGGCAGAAGGAGCAGUUCAGUGAUGGGGUUGGGUAUAGUUGGAUUGAUGGCUUGAAGGAUCAUGCAAACAAACAGGUCACAGACGCAAUGUUGAUGAAUGCAAGCUUUGUCUACCCUGAGAACACUCCUACCACAAAAGAGGCAUACUAUUAUAGAACUAUCUUUGAGAAAUUUUUCCCCAAGAAUGCUGCAAGGUCAACGGUUCCAGGUGGUCCAAGUGUUGCAUGCAGUACAGCAAAAGCAGUAGAAUGGGAUGCAGCAUGGUCGAACAACCUUGAUCCAUCUGGUCGUGCUGCUCUAGGUGUUCAUGUAGCUGCAUAUGAGGAAGCUGUGGAUGUCGAGCCAGCCAAUCUGAUGAAUGGCGCUCAUCCCAUGCAGAAGGGCUUCUAGAGAGACUGCAGCAAAAUUGUUUGAGUGACCUAGAGAGCAUCUUCAUUGACAGCUGAUUACAAAAGACUGAGGUACCAUAUAUCAUUGUCAGUAACUUUUCUAAAGAUUUGCUCCGUUGUAAUCUUCUUUUAUUGACAGUAGUUAUGUAUGAAGUGGCUGCUGUAGUUUCACCAUAGACGAUGAUUUCAACAGCUGAGUGAUAUCAUAUAUGUUUUUAUUGUGACAGUUAUUUGCCACUUGUGCUUGUAGUCCUGGAGCUCAAGGAUUUACACCGACUUGAAUUUCAGAAGCUGUCAUAUUUUUAGUUCCUAUGAUUUUCAUGUUGCUACCCCAUCUUAUGAAAUCAUUUUCUCCAUUAUGCUAUGUAGGGUUUGUUUUACACGAUUAGCAUUUCACACCAACUUUUCACACCUUGUGCCUUUUACGGAUUUCGCUAUGUUUGUUAACAAUGUGGCCUCAUCUUCUCAUGUUAAUAAUUUUAGUAGAUUCGCCAUGUGUGCCUUUCUUCGUAUCAAACAGGCUUUCAGUGUAACUGCUAAGUGGUGAAAUGCAUGUAGAUCAAUUAUGGGGAUUCUUUUAUCUUUAUGAAAUAAAUUGGGUUUCUUUAC